UCUGGAAGGAAGGACAGACCGCCAUCCGAGGGCCUCUCUUCCCUGUUGAUGCAGCUCUGGGAUACGGCGGACAUGGAGAGGUUCUGGUCCCUGGGGAUGGCGCUGUACCAGGGUGCGCACUGCUGCGUGCUGGUCUUUGAUGUCACGGCUGCUGCCUCCUUCCAGGCUGUGGCCGCUUGGCGGGCAGAGUUCCUGCUGCUGGCCGACCCUCCCGACCCCAAACGGCUCCCCUUCGUGCUGCUUGUGAACAAGACCGACCUACCAGGCCGGCAGGUCUGCCCCCAGGAGGCCGAGGAGUGGUGUGCUCGGACUCAAGCCCAGUAUUUUGAAACCAGUGCCAAGGACGGGACUGGGGUGGCCCUUGCCUUCAGGAGUGCCAUGAAAGCCGCCCUGUGGCAGGUGAGCAGGAGCCAGGGAUGGGGGCGCUCAGCCCACCUAGCAGAGCCGUAGCCUCUCCCCCAGCUGGUCUGUCCCCUCCUGCCUCUAGGAACUGCUGGGAUGGCCCCCCAUGCGAGGAUGCCUUGUCCUUCUCUCUGGGAGCCCUGGCCCGGGCAGCCACUCCCCUCUGAGCUCCCAGAGGAUGGCGGGCAGGAGAUGUACAGGCUGGGUGGGGGGCAAAGGGGAGCCUUGGGACCCCUGCACAC